CCCCUCAUGGCCUUCGCCAGAUCUUUUGGCGAUUGAUUGUGAUUGACGAACUUUCCCACGAGCGAAGCGUACCAAGGCCGUCAAUUCAAAUUCAAAUACCAACAGACCAUGGGUUCCCUGGGCGUCGAGCACCAUAAGGUCAUCAUUGUCGGAUGUGGCCCUGUCGGCUUGACCACAGCGACUAACCUUGCAAGGGCUGGAGUACCCGUUCUGAUCCUAGAGCGAAACCAUGAAGUUGAUCAGUCGCCUCGUGCAUCUGCAUACCAACCUUGUGCACAAGCCGAACUACUCGAGACUGGAACGCUAGACGAUGUCAAGGCUCAAUCUGUCAUCAACGAUCGUCUUUCUUUUUGGAUCAACAAAGAACGAGUCGCAUACGUCGACAAGAGAGAAGGAGGCGAACUCUUCCCGGCGGGAAUCAACUGUCCACAACCCCAGUUGGCUGCCAUCCUGCUAAAGCACUUAACCACCAAAUACAACUCCCAUGUUAGAUUCAAUCAGCAGGUCAUCGAAGUGACCCAGGAUGAGGCAACCAACAUAGUCACCGUGACGGCUCUCAAUCCUGUCACGACCGAGCAGACGAGAUAUACCUGCGACUGGCUCGUCGGCACGGAUGGGGCUGGCUCAAGUGUUCGAAAGUUAUGUAAUAUCGCCUUUGAAGGAUUCUCCUGGCCGAAAGAAGAUUUUGUCGCCACGAAUAUCAAGUAUGACUUCUACCAGCACGGCUUUACGACAGCCAACUUCGUCCUGGAUCCCGUCAAUUGGGCCGUGGUUACCAUUCUGGGCGCCGAAAAGGACCUUUGGCGUAUCGCGUUCGGUCUACGGGCUGGUUUAACAAACGAGGAAAUCAGAGCCGAAUUGGACGAGCACUACAAGCACAUUUUCCCCGUCUGGCCAGUCAAGUAUGAGCUGGUUCAACUGAACAAAUACAAACCCCACCAGAGGUGCGCUGAAACAUUCCGGAAAGGCAGAGUGAUGCUGGCUGGUGAUGCUGCACAUAGUAAUAACCCUAUUGGCGGUCUAGGACUAACGACAGGACUUCUGGACGCAGGUCCUCUGGGACGAGCUCUCGGCGCUGUGAUCAACGGUCGAGCGCCCGAAUCACUUCUCGACGUCUGGGCCAAGUCUCGCCGUGACAAGUGGCUCAACUUCACAAACGAGUUCUCCAUCGAGAACAAGAGACUAAUCCAGCGCGGAGGUUACAGUGAAGACCCCUUGGAAAUCUGGAAGAUCGACGACGUUGCCAAGGAGCACAACAUGGAGCAAUGGCUCGCGAUGGCCACGCCGGAGAAGAGGGAAGCAGACCUGAAAUUCUACAAGGCCCUAGAAGAUCCCAAUGUCCAACUCAUGAGCCGCAUGAAGCAGUGGGAAAUCACAAUGGACCCGUCGUGGAUGGCGGAAUAUGAGGAUCCGGAAGUUGUCAAAUACCGAAUUUCACUCCGGCCUCCUAUACUAUCCGCUGGCACGAUGGCAAAUUCUGAAUAGACAUCGCUUUGGGAAUAAGGGCUCAAUGUAUGGAGUUUUUGUACACACAAAGUGCAUUUUCUUUUUGGUCUUUUACUUUCUUCAGAAACAUAUUUAAAGAAUACUAUCCAUGGGUACGAUGAGUUUCGGGCGCACACCUUACAUAUGUUAUCAAUU